GACCCGUCCUCGCCUGGGACUAGCCAGCGGGGCCGGCGGGGUGGGAGGGCGCAGCCAGCCGGGCUCCCCCCGCCCCUCCCGGGCGGAGCGGGCCCCCCGACGCCGAGGCGGGCUCCCCGCGCCCGCAGUGCCGAGAACAUGAGUGAGAACUUGAAGGACUGUUUGAUCCAGACCCAGGCUUCCUUAGGGGAAAUGGUGACGAUAAAAACAGAGGCCUGCUCUCCACACCGGGACCAGGAGUAUGGACAGCCUUGCUCUGGAAGGCCUGACCCACAGUCCAUGGAGAUGGAACCCAAGAAACUGAAAGGGAAACGGGAUGUAAUCAUGACCAAGAGCUUUCAGCAAGUGGAUUUCUGGUUCUGUGAGUCCUGCCAGGAGUACUUUGUGGAUGAGUGUCCAAACCAUGGCCCCCCGGUGUUUGUGUCUGACACGCCAGUGCCUGUUGGCAUUCCGGACCGGGCAGCGCUGACCAUCCCGCCUGGAAUGGAGGUGGUUAAAGAACCCAGUGGGGAGAACGACGUGCGCUGUAUGAACGAGGUGAUCCCCAAAGGUCACAUCUUUGGGCCCUAUGAGGGGCAGAUCUCUAGCCAGGACAGGUCUGCAGGAUUCUUCUCGUGGCUGAUCGUUGAUAAGAACAACCGCUACAAAUCCAUUGAUGGGACAGAUGAAACCAAAGCAAACUGGAUGAGAUACGUCAUCAUCUCCCGGGAGGAGAGGGAGCAGAACCUGAUGGCCUUUCAGCACAGCGAGAGGAUUUACUUCCGUGCCUGCCGUGACAUCCACCCUGGGGAGAAGCUGCGGGUCUGGUACAGUGAGGAUUACAUGAAGCGGUUGCACAGUAUGUCCCAGGAAACCAUGAACAGAAAUUGCACAAGUGGAGACAAAAUGUUACAGAAUGAAAACUCAGAAAAGAAUGUAGAAAACCAAGAGGAUGCAAGGGGAGCACUCCAGUUCACUACCUUAAAGCAGGGGAAGAGCCCCUACAAGCGCAGCUGUGACGAGGGGGAAUCCCACCCCCAAACAAAGAAAAAAAAAAUUGACCUCAUCUUCAAAGAUGUCCUGGAAGCUUCUUUGGAGUCUGCCAAGUUUGAAGACAACCAGUUAACAACAAGUACACCACUUCCCCUCAGAAGAGCAUCUAAAUACCAGGCUGAAGACAUCUUUGAGCAGUGUGGCAGUGCCAUGCAGCACGGCUCCCUGAGCCUCAGCAGAAACCAGAGGGAGAGCGAAUGGAGGGUCCCUCACAGUUCCUCUUUCAUCUCAGCCAAGGAGAUGAGCAUCCUUGAAGACGAGGAAGAAGAGCCCCUGUCACUUAAAGCAGACAGCCCAACUGAGCUGUCACUGGCCUCUGCACAAGGCAACUCCCAUGAAAUCCCCACCACAUCCUUCUGCCCCAACUGCAUCCGUCUGAAGAAGAAAAUCCGGGAGCUGCAGGCUGAGUUAGACAUGCUGAGAUCUGGGAAGUUACCUGAGGCACCCGUGUUACCGCCCCAGGUACCCGAGCUCCAAGAGUUCUCAGACCCCACAGCUUCAGAAAGCAUCAUCUCAGUUCCCACCAUCAUGGAGGAUGAUGACCAAGAGGUGGAUUCUGCUGAUGAAUCAGUUUCCAAUGAUAUGAUUGCUGCUACAGAUGAGCCUUCUAAGAUGUCUUCUGCGACGGGACGGAGGAUACGGCGGUUCAAGCAAGAGUGGCUUAAAAAGUUUUGGUUUCUGCGGUACUCCCCGACACUGAAUGAGAUGUGGUGCCAUGUCUGUAGGCAGUACACAGUGCAAUCUUCUCGGACUUCAGCCUUCAUCAUUGGCUCUAAGCAGUUCAAGAUACACACAAUAAAGCUUCACAGCCAGAGCAACCUCCACAAGAAGUGCCUGCAGCUUUACAAGCUCAGGAUGCACCCAGAGAAGACAGAAGAGAUGUGCCGAAAUAUGACCCUGCUCUUCAACACCGCCUACCACCUGGCCCUGGAGGGCAGGCCCUACUACGACUUUCGGCCUCUGGCAGAGCUACUGAGAAAGUGUGAACUCAAGGUGGUGGAUCAGUACAUGAAUGAGGGAGACUGCCAGAUCUUAAUUCACCAUAUCGCCCGCGCUCUCCGAGAGGACCUUGUUGAGCGCAUCCGGCAGUCUCCCUUCCUCAGCAUCAUUCUGGAUGGGCAGAGCGACGACUUGCUUGCAGAUACAGUUGCAGUCUAUGUGCAGUACACCAGCAGUGAUGGGCCUCCAGCAACUGAAUUCCUGUCUCUUCAGGAGCUUGGCUUUUCUUCAACAGACAGUUACCUUCAAGCAUUAGAUCGGGCUUUUUCCAGCCUGGGAAUACGAUUGCAGGAUGAGAAGCCAACUAUUGGCUUGGGAGUUGAUGGUGCUAACAUUACCGCCAGCCUGAGAGCCAACUUGUUCAUGACAAUCAGAAAGACCUUGCCCUGGCUUCUCUGUCUUCCCUUUAUGGUGCAUAGGCCCCACUUGGAAAUUUUGGAUGCCAUUAGUGGGAAGGAACUACCAUGUCUGGAGGAGCUAGAAAACAAUUUGAAGCAACUGCUCAGUUUCUAUCGUUAUUCUCCCCGACUCAUGUGCGAGUUAAGGGUCACUGCUGCCACUCUGUGUGAGGAGACUGAGUUCCUGGGGGACAUUCGAGCAGUGAAGUGGAUCAUUGGGGAGCAGAACGUGCUCAACGCUCUCAUCAAGGAUUACCUUGAGGUUGUGGCCCAUCUCAAAGAUGUCAGUGGCCAAACCCAAAGGGCAGAUGCUUCUGCCAUUGCCUUGGCCCUCCUGCAAUUCCUGAUGGACUACCAGUCGAUUAAACUCAUCUACUUCCUGCUGGAUGUGAUCGCUGUGCUUUCACGCCUUGCCUACGUCUUCCAAGGGGAGUACCUUCUUGUGUCACAGGUGGAUGAUAAAAUAGAGGAGGCCAUCCAGGAGAUCAGCCGGCUAGCAGACUCCCCUGGGGAGUACUUGCAGGAGUUUGAGGAAAACUUCCGUGAAAGCUUUAAUGGCAUUGCUGUGAAAAAUCUACGGGUGGCUGAAGCCAAAUUCCAGUCGAUCAGAGAAAAGAUCUGCCAGAAGACCCAGGUGAUCCUAGCCCAAAGGUUUGAUUCCCGCAGCCGGACAUUUGUGAAGGCCUGUCAGGUAUUUGACCUUGCAGCUUGGCCCAGAAGCACUGAUGAGCUCAUGAGCUAUGGGAAGGAGGAUAUGGUACAAAUAUUUGAACACCUGGAGACAGUCCCAUCAUUUUCCAGAGAGGUUUGCCGAGAAGGGAUGGACACCCGAGGGAGUCUGCUGAUGGAGUGGCGGGAACUGAAGGUGGAUUAUUAUACCAAAAAUGGUUUUAAAGACUUGCUCAGUCACAUUUGUAAAUACAAACAAAGAUUUCCCCUCCUAAAUAAAAUAGUUCAGAUCCUCAAAGUCCUUCCCACCUCUUCGGCCUGCUGUGAGAAGGGGCGCACCGCCCUGCAGAGAGUGCGCAAGAACAACCGCUCCCGGCUGACACUGGAGCAGCUCAGUGACCUGUUGACGAUUGCUGUUAACGGGCCGCCCAUUGCCAACUUCGAUUGCAAAAGGGCUCUCGACAGCUGGUUCGAGGAGAAGUCAGGCAACAGUUACGCGCUCUCGGCCGAAAUGCUGAGCAGGAUGUCAUCUCUUGACCAGAAGCCGAUGUUGCAGAGCAUGGACCACGGCUCUGAGUUUUACCCUGAUAUUUAG